CAAACACCCACACUGAAUGUUAGUAAGGGGGCAACAGUCCCCUUACACAUUUUUACAUUAAAGCCUCCAGGGGUGAAAUUGGCUGGGUCCUUCCUGCUCUGCAAACAGCAUGAGCCAUUUUCAGGCAAGGAAACACCCCCUUGCUGCUGUAGGCGGGGCAGAGUGUGAAUUCAGGAAAUUGAAAAAAAGCCUGUUACAAACUGCCCAGAGGGAGCCAUGGCUGCAGAGAACCCCGUGGAAAGGCUCCAGGAGGAAGCGACAUGUCCCAUCUGUCUGGAGUAUUUCACAGAACCUGUCACUCUGGAGUGUGGGCACAAUUUCUGCAGAGCCUGCAUCAGCCAGUGCUGGGAGGGAUCCGAUACAGCCGCCUCCUGCCCUCAGUGCAGAGAAACUGUGCAACAGAGAAACCUCAGGCCCAACAGGCAGCUGGCAAAUAUCCUAGAACUCGUCAAGCGGUUGAGUUUACAAGCAGCAAAGGGAACAGGAGGGGACGGGGUGUGUGUGGAACACCAGGAGGCUCUGAAACUGUUUUGUGAAGAGGAUCAAACCCCCAUCUGUGUGGUGUGCGACAGAUCCCGGGCUCACCGCGCUCACACGGUGGUUCCCAUCCAGGAGGCUGCCCAGGAGUACAAGGAAAGAAUCCAGGCCUAUUUGAAGCCUCUGAGGAAAGAGAGAGAAAAGCUGCUGGGAUUGAAAGCGAUUGGAGAGGGGAAUAGCCAGGAGUAUCUGAAACAAACACAAACUGAGAGGCAGAAGAUUGUGUCCGAAUUUCAGCAACUGCAGCAGUUCCUGGAGGAACAAGAGCGACUCCUGCUGGCCCAGCUGGAGAAGCUGGAUGAGGAGAUUGUGAGAAUCCAGAAUGAAAAUGUCAGUAAACUCUCCGAGCAGAUUUCCCGUCUCAGUGAGCUGAUCAGUGAGAUGGAGGGGAAGUGUCAGAAGCCAGCGAGUGAAUUCCUGCAGGAUAUUAGAAGCACCUUGAACAGGUGUGAGAAGGGGAAGUUCCAGCAGCCAGAGGAGAUUUCUCCUGAACUGGAAAAGCGAGUCAGUGAUUUCUCCCAGAAAAUGACUGUGCUACUGGAGACUCUGGGGAAGUUCAAAGACACUCUGCUGUCUGCACUAGAGAUGAAAAGAGGAGGAUCCCUAGGAACAUUCAGACAGGCGAAUGUGACUCUGGAUCCAGACACGGCUCAUCCCAACCUCAUCCUGUCUGAGGAUCGGAAACGUGUGAGAUGGGAAGACACACGGCAGCGACUGCCCAACAACCCUGAGAGAUUUGACACUGUGUUCUGUGUGCUGGGCUGUGAGGGAUUCACCUCGGGGAGACAUUGCUGGGAGGUGGAGGUGGGAAAUGAGCGAUGCUGGGCUGUGGGGGUGGCCAGAGAGUCUGUGGGGAGGAAGGGACAGAUCAGCCGUAGCCCUGAGGAGGGGAUCUGGGCUGUGGAGUGGCUGGAUCAGCUCUGGGCUCUCACCUCCCCUGUGACCCCCCUGCCCCUGAGCCGGUUCCCCAGCAGGAUCCGGGUUUGUCUGGACUGUGACCGGGGGCAGGUGACAUUUAUCAAUGCUGGUGACGAGGCCCCGAUCUUCACUUUCCCGCCAGGCUCCGUCCCUCGGGAGAGAAUCCGACCCUGGCUCUGGGUGGUGUGGACAUGGGGAUCCCAGCUCAGCCUGUGUCCCUGAGACACGCAGCAGAGAAGGGAACCGGAAAUCAGCCUCUCUACCCUCAGGGACUCCAGUCUCUAUGACUUUGGAGGACUCCUGUCUACCCAGAACCUGGCUCCUUAUCUCUAUGACCUGUGGAAGUCCCUCCCCUUCCCUGCUAGGGUGACCAGAUGUCCAUUUUUUAUAGGGACAGUCCCGAUUUUGGGGUCUUUUUCUUAUAUAGGCUCCUAUUACUCCCCCACCCGCUCCCAAUUUUUCACACUUGCUGUCUGGUCACCCUAUUCCCUGCAUUCCCAGGGAUGGGUCUGGGAGGAGGGAAGAAAUCCUGGGGCUGCAGGAGGGGCCCUGAGGGGCAGAUGUCGGAGCUGGGCAGGGGGCAGAACUGUUCUCAGUUCUCAGUGGUUGGGGAAUCUCCUUUCCAUGCUGUGGUUAUUAAGGCAGCUUCUUGGCUCUGUUUACUCACCACCUUUAG